AUGAGCUGCGGCAAUACAAAUCCUCGAACACAAACUCAGCUCACAAAACAUGAUGUGGGCUGGAGGAGGAUCGUCCGUAACUUCACCCCAUCAUGGUUCUCGGUCACGAUGGGGACAGGCAUUGUAUCAAUUCUCUUGAAUACACUGCCCUACAAUGCUCAAUGGCUAUACUGGAUCUCUGUGGUCAUCUUCGCUAUCAAUGUCCUCCUCUUCAUCACAGGAUGUAUCAUCAGCUUUUUGCGAUAUACGCUAUAUCCGGAGAUCUUCGGAGCUAUGAUCGUCCAUUCUGUGCAGUCAAUGUUUAUUGGGACGUUCCCCAUGGGCUUGACUACAAUUAUCAACAUGUUUUGUUUCGUCUGCGUCCCAGCGUGGGGUGAAUGGACCAGAAACUUUGCCUGGGGUUUAUGGAUCUUCGACGCCAUAUUAUCGGUGGUGACGGCUUUGUCGUUGCCCUUCUUGCUGUACGUCUUCCCUCUCUUCCAAACUUAUCCGACUGUGACUCUAAAAUCCUACAGCAUGGCCCAUGGGAACGAAACGCAACUCUCCUCCAUGACAGCCAUCUGGCUUCUCCCAAUCGUAAGCUGCAUCGUUGCAGCCUCCUCGGGCGCCAUCGUCGCUGACGUCCUCCCCAACCCUCAACAUGCCCUAUGGACGGUGCUCGUCAGCUAUGUCCUCUGGGGCAUUGGUGUCCCACUUGCCAUGAUGGUCAUGGUGAUCUACCUCCAGCGCCUGACCCUCCACAAGCUCCCACCCAAGGCCGUCAUCGUUAGUGUUUUCCUGCCCCUGGGACCAUUAGGCCAGGGUGGUUAUGGAGCAAUGAAACUAGGCAAAUCCGCCCAAACCAUCUUCGCGCAGACACAUACGCUGGAAGCCUCGUCCGGUUCGACCUUCUACACGCUAGGGUUCCUCGUCGCGCUCAUUCUCUGGUCCUUCGGCCUGGUCUGGCUGUUCUUCGCGUCAGCUUCUAUCGCUCGAUGUCGCAGCUUUCCCUUUAACAUCGGCUGGUGGGGGUUCACAUUCCCGCUGGGGGUCUUUGCCGCCAGUACCUGUCAAAUGGGUCGAGAGCUGCCGUCAGAGUUUUUCAAAAUGCUCGGAACUGUACGUCGUUCAUAUAAUGUCUUUUGA